AAUGUAGUAAAUCCUAAUUUGGCAGCUGCGUGGUUGGCUACAAUGAUCUUUUAUGCAAUGAUGGUUAAAUAUUUGUUGUAAAAUGUGAUGUAAGAAUGAAAAAUAAAUGAAGAAAUAAAAAAGUUGUUUGGAAAAAUUGGUAAAACUUGAAAAACCGGUAAACAUGAUCAGCUGCUUCACAGACGCUGAAAAUCGAUGACAUUAAUCACCAGUGACGUCAUCCAACCUUGUAUGUAUAUAUACACUCCUGUACGUUUUGAGUGAAAGUACCACCCUCUGACGGAUCCUGCUUGCUCACAAUGGGCCACUUCUGGCAUUUUUUACCAAGCCUUCUUCCAAUCGCGCUGCUGUCAGCAGUCCUCAACGUGGUCUACCCUCUAACCUUCACGCACCGGGACCCGUUCACCGGUAGGUCGCUGCAGUGCGACCGGUGUCCACCUGGAACCUUCCUGCGCGCGCGCUGCUCCACGGCCAAAAGCAGCGAGUGCGCACCGUGUCCGCAGGGCUCCUUCACGGAGCUCUGGAACUACGUUGGCAGGUGUUUACGCUGCGGAGUGUGUGGACGGAACCAGGUGGUGAAGAAGGAAUGCACGGCCAAGAGCGACUGUCAGUGCGAGUGCAAACGGGGCUACUACUACAGCCAUGACGUAGACAUGUGCGUGCGUCACAGCGAGUGUCCGUCCGGAUCUGGGGUUCUGACACCAGGUACACCAGAGAAUGACACGGUGUGCCACAUUUGUUCCAAUGGAACCUUCUCUGAUGUCUCUUCUGCUCAUGAGAGGUGCAAACAGCACAAGAACUGCAGCGGUGCUGGGCAGCUGUUGCUGCUGCAGGGCUCCAGCUGGCACGACCGUUUGUGUGGAAGCUGUGGAGAGCUCACAGAUGGAGCCGAGUGCAUCAAAGAAAUCAUCCCGAGUUUCUUCGUUCACCACACAAUGAACAUCAAAAGGCUGCGCCGAGUUGUGAACAAGCUACCUUCUGACGGUGGCAGAAGCCGAAAAGAAGCACAGGAGCUCAGCUUCUCACAGCUUCUCUCACAGAUCAACAGCUGGGUUUCCUCCGCAACCAUAACGCAGAUCAAGUUGCUUCCUGAUAUUCUGGAAAAAUGUGGCGCCGCCAGCAACGCGGAGAGAAUACAAAAGAAGUUUGACCAGAUUGACACACGUCUGUUAGGGAUCUGUAAUUCAGGGAGAAGAAGGGAAGAAGAUGCAACCCUUUAAAGCAACAUUUCAUAGUAAUCAGGCGAAAGUGCUGCACAGGUUAAAAAGGCUCAGAGCUUUUGUUGCAUGGAGUUUACAUGAGCUCCUCAUGCGAUAAAGGGGUUUCCUCCCAUAAACCCAAAAUAUGCACAUGCCCUCACACAUGUCUAGGUUCUGCUCAGUCAUGGCGUCUCUGGCAUGAACGUUUACAUAUAUAUAUAUAUAUAUAUAUAUAUAUAUAUAUAUAUAUAUAUAUAUAUAUGUAUAUAAUUUUCUGUAAUAAAGCCAAUAUAUCACUUCAAGGCAGCAUCUUUUUGAGGGCGUGUCUUAUCAAAAGGCAGGACUGAUUGACUUAAGUGCUGUGAAUAUUUGGAGAAAGGAAAAAGAAAAGGAAAUGCUUUGGGCAUCAUUUCUGGGAAUAAAAUCCCAAAGAGAUUUUGUAUCCGUUCCUAAAACGACCAACAUGAAUUUUUUUAGGGUAAACGGUUGCAUUCACCAGUCCAUCUACCUCUCAUAGUGUCUUUUGUUGGAAAUGGGUGGAGCUCCUGUUAUUUUUGUUCAAAAUGUUGACUUUUAUGUUCCACCUUUACAAAUAUGUUCCUGCUUAGAUUGAUACGUAUAUUUUUGUAGUAAUGAGCUACACUGGACAAAGUUUUAGACCAGCUUUUUUAGUUGUUCUUUUUUUUAAUACGCAGGUGUAGGACUUUUUCAUUUAACACGUAAUCGUUUUCUCAGUCGACUGUUGCUCAAAUAAAGUGAUAAAUAUGAUCAGCAGUAAACAUUUUUAUUAUUAUUAUACAAAGAUACUACAUGCAACUUUUAAUUUUUUCAUCUCUACAAUUCUGUCAAAAAAAUCUUUGUGUUUGAAUCCUGUUGAGCAACCACAACAGCAAAACCACGCUUUACAGAUUCACAUCUUCUGUGUGUAGCAAUUAAUACACAUUAUUUAUGACCAAGAAGACUUUUAACUUUAGAAGUUCAGUCUCCAUAUAUGGAGUUAAAUUGUGGAAUAAAUUGAAUACUGAACUCAAGAAUGCAAAAACAAUAUUGACUUUCAAAAAAGAGAUAAAAAAUAAAAUGAUUAACUUAUAUAGAUCCGUUACAUAAAUGUGUGAGGGGAGGGGGGUGGGGGGGAUGAAAGGAAAAAAAACCUAGUAUGUAAUCGUAUGUGUAUAUAUGUAUGUAUAUAGAUCUAUAACUUAAUGCUUCUUUCUGUGUAAAUUGUUUUCUUUUUUUUCCCUCAAAUUCAUGGGUUGUGAUUGUGUCGGCCAACAAGUCCAGGAACUUUAUUGUUCAAUUUCAUUAAGAAUCAUAUGAUUAUUUCAUUUGUAUUAAUGUUAUUUUAGUUAAAAGGGGCAGACAACAUAAGUUUUUCUUCUUUCUGUCCCCUUUUUCAUUUUGGCUUGCAGCAAUUUAGUUCUGUAUUUUUAUUUUAAUGUCAAUAAAUGAAAAUAAAAGAUUGAAAAAAAAGUUUAA